AUGUUGUUCCGAAUCUCGUUUGUUGCUUCUAUGGCCGCUGCCGUGUUGGCGGCCCCAAGUCUCUACCUCGUUGGAGACUCUACCAUGGCAUCUCACUCGGCAUCAGAGGGUAUUCAAGGUUGGGGAGUAAAAAUUCCUCAAUACUUGCAGGAUAUCACUGUCGUCAAUAAGGCAGUCAGUGGUCGCAGCGCGCGUAGCUACUGGCGUGAGGGAAAGUGGACGGCUGUCCAAAACUCGCUUAAAUCGGGAGACUUCGUUAUCAUCGAGUUUGGUCACAACGAUGGUGGUUCACCUUCCACAAGCGAUCGGGCGAGUGUUGGUGGAGAGGGAUCUGAUACCCAGACCGUUACUCUUUCUGAUGGAACUGUUGAGACUGUUUACACUUGGCCAACAUACGUUGGCUGGAUGAUCGACGGAGCUAAGUCUAAGGGCGCUACCCCGAUCGUUUCUGGUCAGACCCCCAACAACCCUUACGAAAACAGCGCUACCAUCAUCAACUCUCCGCCUCGCUUCGUUGGCUACGCAAAGAACAUUGCUACCAAAAAGGGUGUCCCAUACGUUGACCACUUUGCCUCGAGCAUCAGCCUGUACACUAAGCUCGGCAAAUCAGUCACCGAAUCCUAUUUCCCUCAGGACCAUACCCACACCAACGACGCUGGCGCGAACCAAGUUGCGUGGGCGUUCCUGUCCGGCCUAAAAUGCCCAGCGGCGGCCGGUGUUCUCUCGCAAUACGUCAACUCGGUUGGUCAGGGUGCUGGAGCUCGCUGCUAG